CUUCAUCUUCUACCACCCUGCCCAUCAAGGCCAAGAGAUGCUCUCCAAUACCUCAAGUCGUCCCCAAAGCCCCCUCCGUAUCAAGCAAGAUGACAAGUUCUAUUCAAGGCUCCUCUCCAAGGAGAGCUCCUUGGCCAACCCUUCCUUCAGGGUCUACUAUGGGGUGGCACCAGGAUCGGUGCCCUUCUUGUGGGAGUCUGAACCGGGCACACCGAAGGCUGCCGUAGCCACCGCCACCCUCCCUCCCCUCACCCCUCCUCCUUCCUCCCACUUCAAUACCAUGAAGUCCAAGGCCACCAAGAAAAAGAAGCCGUCCUCAAGGCUUAGCCUCAUCACCACCUUAUUCCUCAGGCUUACUCCAAGGAAAACUCACCUGGCAUCGCCACCGAUGUCAUCCUCAUCACUGUCAUCAUCAUCAUCCUGCUCUUCUCAAUUUGAGUCUUCAGUUUCUCGUCAACGUAGACUAUUCUUGCGCUCACGGUCAUCAUUCUCUUCAAGAAGGGACUAUGAGGACUAUGACAAAGAGCGACCGAGGUCGAUCUUGUGCUUUCAGGUGCGACAGAUUCCAAGGUUACUAUUUCAUCGUAAUCGGAAAGGAAAAAAUGUCAUGAGUCAUUAGACAUUGAUCUAGCCAUGGCAUUGCUCAUAGAGGUCUUCUUGUUCAGGGUGUCCACGUUUGUGGUAGAACAUCUCAUCCACCUUAGUAUAUUCAGAAUAAAUGGGCACUGUUUGUAUGAAUUUAA